CUAUUGACUGGAAGCUUUAAACAAAUUCACACAGGCAGCUGCUUGCGAGAACCCAAAGGCUGGGAAGGGGGCUGUCUAAAAGUUGUGGGGGCUCCUGUUAUGUUCUGCCCAAUUUAUUGGCUGUGUCUGUGAAAGCAGUACUAGGAGCAACAGCAGCACAGGCACCAGCCUCAUCUCCUCUCUCUCUCCUCCAGUCUAAAAUCACCCACCUCCUCUCCCUCCAGGUGGAAGCAGCUCACUAGGGUUUCCCAUUAUUGGAUUUCUCCCCCACUGCUCCAGCACCUCAUCUCCCUGCUCUUACCCCCUAGCAUCCUACCUACUCCCAUCCACUCAUCCCACCUCCUCUGCCUGCAAGUCAGCCUGAGUCACGUGUCAGUGCCAGCGGCAAGAACAGAAACAGGAGCUGCUCCUUCCUUGUCUUACAGCCAUACUGUAUUUUACUCCUAAAAGCUCAUUUUUAUUCCAACAUUUUACUCCCGUUCGUGGGAGGUAUUUUUUUUUCCUUUCUGAAAAAUGAAGUGCGGUUUGGUUUCCUUGUCAACAGAAGAUGAAAUGAACAUCUGAGCCAUUCACAGUCCAGGAUUUUUAUUUGGAAAGUGCCCUUUAAUAGCUUCUGAGAACUAACACUGGAUGUCUAAUUGAGGAUCACUAGAGUUAGCUGGAAACCCUAAAAGGUGAUAAGUGUGAGACAAUUAUGACUGGCAAAACACAGACAAGCAACGUUACAAACAAGAACGAUCCCAAAUCAAUCAACUCUAGAGUCUUCAUUGGGAAUCUGAAUACAGGGAUUGUCAAAAAAGCUGACAUUGAAGCAAUAUUUGCCAAAUAUGGAAAAAUAGUUGGCUGUUCAGUCCAUAAAGGAUAUGCAUUUGUGCAGUACAUCAGCGAAAGGCAUGCAAGAGCUGCAGUCACAGGAGAAAACUCACGGAUAAUCGGUGGGCAGCCACUAGAUAUUAACAUGGCUGGAGAACCAAAACCCUACAGGCCAAAACUAGGCACAAAGAGACCACUUUCAUCUUUAUACAGCGGUUAUGAGUUUGAUUAUGAUUACUACAGAGAUGAUUUCUACAAUCGGUUGUUUGAUUAUGGCCAUGGACGUGUUCCCCCUCCACCACGUGCAGUUAUCCCACUGAAGCGUCCUCGUAUUGCUGUGCCAACAACUCGUCGAGGGAAAGGAGUCUUUUCUCUGAAAGGAGGAUCAAGGUCUGCCUCCGGAGGUGGUACAUCAGGGUCAAAAUUGAAAUCAGAUGAGCUGCAAACGAUCAAAAAGGAACUGACCCAAAUUAAAACUAAAAUUGACUCUUUGCUAGGAAGACUGGAUAAAAUUGAAAAACAGCAGAAGGCAGAAGCAGCAGGUCUAAAAAAACAGAUAGAUGAUCAGUCAGAUUUGAUUCAAGAAGAAUGUAAAUCAGAGGUUGCCGAUAAUUCUACUGAAGAUCAUGUUGAAGGAGGACAUGAUGCUGAUGGGGAAGAGAUGACUGAUGGGAUAGAGGAAGAUUUUGAUGAAGAUGGCAGCAAUGAGCUGAUGGAGAACCAUGUUUCAGAUAUAGAAGAUACCAGUAACUGAAUUCAUCUUUCCUGGGCAAAAGAGAUGAAUAUAUGAUUUUUUUCCUGGUAAUUCUCGGAGGAUUGACCUGUAUGUGUAUAAGAAGAGACAAGGCCAUGCAGAAAUAUCGAGUCAUUUUCUCUGAUAACAUAUAUACUUUCAAAUUGUAGUUCUGUCUAUUUCAUGUUUUAGAAUGUAAAUGUGUUAUUUACCCGAGAUAUUUUUUAAUUGUUUUUAAUUGCCAUUAAUAUCUUUAAUUCAGCUAUUGCAUACAAUGCAAAUAAGUAUUUGGACAUCUUGUAUACAAAUUUAUAUUUUGUAGGAGCUAUUUU